AUGAGUACUUUACGAAGGGCAGAGCAGGAGCAGGAGGCAACUCAACCUCUAAAGCAACAGCAUUCAUGUUUGGCCCGAUGCGAGAAUCAAGCACUACAAUUAUUGGCACCAGAAUUAUCGAGACAUCAGAAUGCUGCCCAAUUCGACGAGAACAAGAAUCAAACCGUUUUGUCGUCGUGCAAGUCGUCCCAAUAUCAGUGUAAGCAAAAGGUCUAUUCUUUGAAUAUUGGACAUGAGAAGAGUUCGUUUUAUUUGAAAACUGAACUCGUGGAAGAGUUAAAGUUGUAUCAAAGUAUGGAAGUAUCUCAAAAGCCAACCUUUGUCUUGCAGGAAAUGAUCUUGAAGGAUAAGGCAAGAAGGGAAUUGAGUGCUCUUAACAACAAUCCUUCGUCGUCAGCACACUCAAACAACAAGACUCGAAAUCAAUUAGAAUUUGAUUUGUUGAUGUCAGGAACUUCAGAGGGAGCUCUCAGAAUAAGUCGUGAAGAGAAUGCUGGAGGUAAUUCUGUGUUUAGUGAGGCUUUGAGCUUUGAAGUUGUUAAACGAAUGUUCUCUGCAGAGCUUUUAAAGACUGAAAUGGAAAUUGAGUAUUAUCCUGGAAGUAAGAAGACUGACUAUCUUGUUCGAAUUGGACAAAAGAAGUAUGGUGUUUCUGUCACUAGAGCUUUCAACUUUAACGACUUUACUGGAGGAAAUGGUGUGUUGACCGACAAGAUGUUGCAACUUUUGCUCUAUAAGAAGCUCUCAGGCAUUAUUGCUUCGUCUGGAAAUGUGUACGAUGAAGAUGUGUGGGAGAAGCAAUUUUUGCAUUGUUGGGUGCCCUCUAUGGAUGUGGCAAAGAGAUUGAAGAGACAAUAUGCCAAGAUGAAGUGCUCGGUCAAGAGUAACACCAUUCUGUUGGUCACGGUCGCCAGUGAAGCAAGAAGUAUUUUCAUGGAGAAUUCGGCUGACCAUGAACAAUAA